GAGUUUGUCAUUCCUUCAAACAGAAAAAGUGGGAUAAUAUAUGCCCCUUAAAAAUUGUUCGUUGCUCAUGCAUUUUCAAAAAUUACGAAACGUUCAUUUAUUCGAAAAAUAGUUACAAUUCGUAAUCUAACGCAUAAUGUCUACUCGAUGGUAUCCACUUUACCAGAAGGGUAAUCCUCAACUACGCGCAUUUCUACCAAAUUUUUGGCUAAAACUCGUAGAAUCUACGUUUAAGCAGCCAAAAAAUAUAAUACAAUUUCAUUGUUCCAUGGAAAUGACUAGAUUUGAUAUAAAAAAUUAUCUAGAGAGAAUAUAUAACAUAAAAACAAUUAAAAUUCGGACAAGGAUACAUGCAGGUGAAACACACAGAAGACCAGGUUACAUUGUUAAGGAGGAUGACCUUAAAAUAGCUUACGUUGUAUUGCCGAAAGGUGAGACUUUCAAGUUUCCCAAUGUCUUUGAAACUGAAGAUACCAAAAAAGAAAAAGUCGAAGAAACGGAAGAGCUAGAACAAAUGAAAAAAGGUCAACAAGAAUACUUAAAGGCGAACACUGAUAGACCCGGAUUACCAGGAUGGUACAGCAUUUAAAAUUUGUAAAAAUGAUGGGCGAUCGUAGUAGUCUGCAAGCAGGCAUUUGAGAAAUGCGGAGGCUCCGCUAGAGGAGCUCACGGACACGGCACCUACAGCUGCAGUGGUAACUGAAGUCUGGAUAAAAAAGGUCCUGAUGCCUGGCUUUAAAGCUUUAAUACUCGGCGGGACAAAAUUGCAAAAUUAUGACUCAUACACAAAAGUGUUCUUCAACAUUAUAGCUGUAAAAUGAUGUCAGCUUCAUUUUCGCCAAAAAUGUGUUCUCACUGUAAAAAAAAUAUGUGAAAAAAAUAAGUUACCUUCGACUUACACGCGAAAAAAGAGGCAUUACAUUUUUUUUAUUUAAGUAUAUUCUUUAAGGCAUGCUUUAAAAUUAUUAAUUUUGGAAAUUUAAGUGCAUUUAUUUCAUAACUGAUAGAGCUAAAAAUGUACAAAAUAAUUAUCUCAGCUCUGGAUAGACAUUUUAAACUUAAAUAUUGCUUGAAAGAAGCUUCUCGAUUCAGCGAUAUCACUUCAAGUUAGAAGGUCAAUAAAAUUAACAAUUUCCGAGUAAAAAAACUUCUGAAUAAUAUUAAUCUUAAUGAGUUUUGAUACUGGGAAAGUUGUAAUAAAAAAACGUCUUCUUAUCAUUGUCUAAUGUAGCUAUGACACUGAUGCCCUAAAUAAAGGGUUACGCUGCGCCGGCUGCUAAAAGCCACAGACGUAGACCUAAUCUACUUUUAACUGCACAUCAUACAGACCAAUCUUUAGCUCUUCAUCCAACUUUUAAAGUUUAAAAUGUAAAACUAAACAAAGCAACUUAUUUUGAUACGUGAAAAUGGUCUAUUCCUUUGAUAUGAAUGAGUCCCGCGAUAAAGUAGCGUAUGUAUGCUUGAAUUAAUUGCUUUUUAUUGAAUUAAUUUGUAUAUUUUAAUUCAAGAAUUGUACUACGUGUAUGCCGGUUUUCUACAGAAUCAUCUUUGAAAAAAUUCAGGUAUAAAAUAAAAAUCAUCUGUAGGGUCUUUUUUUCAAAAAUGCACUCUAUUACGCGCCGGCCCUGCGUGUCACAUCCUAAAUAUCACUAGAACUUUUUGGAAUUUGUGCAAACGGUCCUCCUGAAUGUGCACCCUAUUGGCUCUAAUAGCACGGGACGUUCCGCGGGAACCUUCGGAAUGUUCCAAGAUCGUAGCCUGAGCGUGUAAAAUGUCCGCCGCUUGGGAACCUUCCACUGGGACCUGUGGAGAACCUUCUAUAAUUUCGGAAAUUUUACACGCUCAGGGCACGUUCCUGGAACGUUCCGAAGGUUUCCGCGGAACGAUCCGUGCUAUUAGGGCUGUAAUAUCAUUUUUAAACAAAGACGAAUCGUGAUAAAGAAUUAUAGUCAGCUUUGGAUUUUUAUUUAUAUUAAGAAAUUUUUUAAAAACUUUUUCGUUAAUUCAAAUGGUCAUAUAUGUACAAUAAUAAAUGUUUAUAAUAUGGUUAGCUAGCUUUUACAAGCAAUUUACGUACGAAAGACUGUAUCACAAUCGCUACCUUCAGAAUAAUAAGUUACUUGUAAGAAUCAGGACAACGUAUAGGAAAAUUGUUAUAAAUACUUAUAGUUACCUAUACAUAUUUAUUUAUAUUAUGAAAGUGUGCUAAAAAGCUUCUAGUUAAUUGAAAUUUGCAUAUACAGUAGGACUCCUCGGAACGGGACGGGUCUCCACUUUCGAUCAGGCAGGGCGCAGAAACAAAUCUAGCUACACCUCCUGGUAAUGACGUAUCUUAAAUUGUACAAGGCUGUAACACUUCAGCGGCCGUUACAAGCCGGUCAAUUUUCACGCAUACAGCACCUAUCACGGUCAGUGGAAAAGUUUACGAGAGUAUUCAUUUUGAUUAACUAAUAUUAUAAUUGGAUAUUGUUUAUUGUCUUAUACAAGUAAAUUACUUUUAUAGAAAUGCAGACAACGCACAGACAAAUUGCGCUAAUAAUUAUCGUAUAUAUUUGUGACAAUGAAUAUAAAAAUACAAUGUACUUUUUACUGAACCGAUUUUUAUUUUAUUUUUAUAAUUUAAUAUAUUUUCAUUUAUUUAGUUCUCAUUUCUAUAAUCUAAUAGAUUCAAAAUAUUUAUUACGGCUCAUAUACCGUUUUUAUAUUUCGAAAUGUAAAAAUAAAUUUUCAUAGAAAUAUUAUAUCUUGCAGUGAAAAAGUUUACGAAAUGAUUAAAUUUACAAGCAGAAUGAAAUUGUCCACUUUCCGUUAUCAAUUUUACAUAACCUGUUAAAUUUCAGUCUAGUUGAGAAGUUUAUACUUUCAUGUGCAAUUUUUAACAUUCCUAUAACAGUUUCACGUCAUUGCGCGGGGUGCUUUAAAUCUUCCAUUCCACAAUCGUUAAAAUGCUUAGUGAAUAGAGUUGAAUAUAAGACUGACUAACCUGAAAUAAUACCUAGGAGCACUCUACGAUUUAUUAAUGUGCACAUAUAUGGGUUGAGAUUCAAUAUGAAAUGGAUUUCUUAAAAGAACACAACGAAUAGUAAAAAUACGAUGCACACACAGCAAU